AUGAGUCGGGCGGGGCACGAUCGCGCAUUGUGGGCAGGGAGGCUGGGGUUCCGUCAGGACACACUCCUGGCACCGCCAGCUGCUCUCUGGCCCCUGAUGGUGGCCCACCAGGACAAUGCCCCCACAGCCAUCUCGUGCCCAUCACCACUGCCACUGGGCAGCCGAACUGAGGAGAGAGGUGCCACGCUGCCCGACACCCCUCUGCUGCACCCCUAGGGGUGCCACUGCUAAGUGCUCAGAGCCCUGCAGCCCGCCCUCGUCUGCAGGGGCUCCGCCCAGGGCCCUGCCACACACACCGUGGAGCUACCCCUCUGGCUCCCCGCACCCCUGCCUCCAGCUCCUGCUGCUGCUGCUGCUGUCCCCACCACCACUGCCCUUGACUGGCACUCAUCGCUUCUCGGCACCCAACACCACCCUCAACCACUUGGCGCUGGCACCCAGCCAGGGCACGCUCUAUGUCGGCGCCGUGAACCGCCUCUUCCAGCUCAGCACCGAGUUGCAGCUCCAGGCUGUGGCUGUCACCGGCCCUGUCAUCGACAGUCCCGACUGUGUGCCUUCCCGUGACCCGGCCGAGUGCCCGCAGGCUCGGCUCACUGACAAUGCCAACCAGCUGCUGCUGGUGAGUGGCCGGGCCCAGGAGCUGGUGGCCUGCGGGCAGGUGCGGCAGGGCGUGUGUGAGAAGCGGCGCCUCGGGAACGUGGCUGAGGUGUUGUACCAGGCUGAGGACCCCGGUGAUGGGCAGUUUGUGGCUGCCAAUGCCCCAGGAGUGGCCACGGUGGGCCUGGUGGUGCCCUUGCCAAGCCGGGACCUCCUACUCGUGGCCAGAGGCCUGGCAGGCAAGCUGUCGGCAGGGGUGCCCCCCCUGACCGUGCGCCAGCUGACCGGGCCUCAGCCCUUCUCCAGUGAGGGCCUGGGCCGCCUCGUGGUGGCCGACUUCUCUGACUACAACAACAGCUACGUGGGGGCAUUUGCCGAUGCCCGCUCUGCCUACUUCGUCUUCCGCCGCCGCGGGGCCCGGGCCCAGGCUGAGUACCACUCCUACGUGGCCCGCGUCUGCCUGGGGGAUGCCAACCUUUACUCCUACGUGGAAGUGCCCGUUGCCUGCCGGGGCUACGGCCUCAUCCAGGCCGCUUUUCUUGCCCCGGGCACCCUGCUAGGGGCGUUUGCUGCCGGCCCGAGCAGGGCGCAGGCAGCCCUGUGUGCCUUUCCUCUGGCUGAACUGGACAGGAGCAUGGAGCGGGCCCGGCGACUGUGCUACACGGCAGGAGGCCGGGGUCCCAGCGGCGCAGAGGAAGCCACUGUGGAGUAUGGCGUCACGUCACGCUGCGUCACCCUGCCCCUUGACUCCCCGGGGGCGUACCCUUGUGGCGAUGAACACACCCCCAGCCCCAUCGCAGGCCGCCAGCCGCUGGAGGCUCGGCCCCUGCUGCAGCUCGAGCAGCCCGUCAGCGCCGUGGCAGCCCUGCAGGCGGACGGGCACACCAUAGCCUUCUUGGGGGACGCCCAGGGCCAGCUACACAAGGUAUUUCUCAAUGGCUCCCAAGGCCAGGUAUACCACUCCCAGCAAGUGGGGCCUCCGGGCUCAGCCAUCAGCCCAGACCUGCUGCUGGACAGCAGUGGCAGCCACCUCUAUGUCCUGACUGCCCAACAGGUGGACCGGGUCACUGUGGCAGCCUGCCCCCAGUUUCCCGACUGCACCAGCUGCCUCCAGGCCCAGGACCCACUGUGUGGCUGGUGUGUCCUCCAGGGCAGGUGUACCCGGAAGGGCCAGUGUGGGCGGGCGGGACAGCCAAACCAGUGGCUGUGGAGCUAUGAGGACAGUCACUGCCUGUCCAUCCAGAACCUGCUGCCGGCCCAUCGUCCCCGCCAGGAGCAGGGCCAGGUCACCUUGUCUGUCCCACAGCUGCCCACCCUGGCUGUGGAUGAAUACUUCCAUUGUGCCUUCGGGGACUAUGAGAGCUUGGCUUACGUGGAAGGGCCCCAUGUAUCCUGUGUCACGCCUCCCCAAGACCAAGUGCCGCUUAACCCUCCAGGCACAGACCACGUCACUAUGCCUCUGGCCCUAAUGUUCGAGGACGUGGCUGUGGCUGCUGCCAACUUCUCCUUCUACGACUGCAGUGCCAUCCAGGCCUUGGAGGUGGCUGCCCCGUGCCGUGCUUGCGUGGGCAGCCUCUGGCGAUGCCACUGGUGCCCCCAGAGCAACCGCUGUGUGUACGGGGAGCGCUGCCCAGAGGACGAGAGGACCGUGUACAGUGCCCAGGAGGUGGACAUCCAGGUGCGUGGCCCAGGGGCUUGCCCCCAGGUGGAGGGCCUGGCAGGUCCCCACCUGGUGCCUGUGGGCUGGGAGAGCCGUUUGGCCCUGCACGUGCGGAACCUUCAACAUUUCCGAGGCCGGCCUGCCUCCUACCUCUGCUGGCUGGAGCUGCCUGGAGAACGGUGGAGGCUGCCAGCCACCCUGGAGGAGACCGCUGGGGACACAGGCCUCAUCCACUGCCAGGCCCAGCAGUUCCAGCCCUCUGUGUCCCAGCGGGAGCUCCGGGUGCCCAUCUACGUCACCCGGGGCGAGGCCCAGCGGCUGGAUGACGCCCAUGCCCUUCAUGUGACCCUGUACGACUGUGCUGUGGGCCACCCUGACUGCAGCCACUGCCAGGCAGCCAAUGGGAGCCUGGGCUGCCUGUGGUGCAGUGACAGCCAGCCUGCCUGUCGCUACGGGCCGCUGUGUGCACCGGGGGCUGUGCAGCUGCUGUGUCCCAUCCCCAGCAUUGACGUGAUUGAGCCCCUGACCGGCCCCCCUGAGGGUGGCUUGGCUGUCACCAUCCUGGGCUCCAACCUGGGCCGGGCCUUUGCCGAUGUGCGGGACGCCGUGAGCGUGGCCGGCCAGCCCUGCAGCCCUGACCCCGAUCUCUACCGCACUUCUGCCCGGAUAGUGUGUUUGACGUCUCCUGCACCCAGCGGCACCACUGGGCCAGUCCAGGUGGCCAUUAAGAGUCGGCCACCAGGCAUCUCAAGCCAGCACUUCACCUACCAGGACCCCGUCCUCCUGAGCCUGAAUCCUCAGUGGGGCCCCCAGGCAGGGGGCACCCAGCUCACCAUCCACGGGCAGCACCUCCAGACAGGAGGCAACGUCCGCGCCUUUGUGGGUGGCCAACCCUGUCCCAUCCAGGAGCCAGUGUGUCCUGAAGCCAUCGUGUGCCACACGAUGCCACAGGCUGCCCCAGGAGAAGCAGCGGUCCUCGUGGUCUUUGGCCAUGCCCAGCGUACACUGCUCGCCAGCCCUUUCCGCUAUACUGCCAACCCCCAGCUUGUGGCAGCGGAGCCCAGCACCAGCUUCCGGGGGGGAGGGCGGCUGAUCCAUGUCAGGGGCACAGGCCUAGAUGUGGUGCAGCGGCCCCUGCUGUCCGUGUGGCUGGAGGCUGUGGAGGAGGUGCAGGCUUCAGGGACCCAGCAACAGGGCCCAAACCCCAGGAGGAGCUGCGGGGCCCCUGCUGUGGACACCCAGGCUUGUAUCCAGCUUGGGGGUGGCUUGCUGCAGUGCUCUACCGUGUGCUCAGUCAACUCGUCCAGCCUCCUCCUGUGCCGGAGCCCCGCCGUGCCGGACGGUGCCCGCCCGCAGCGGGUCUUCUUCGCCCUAGACAACAUGCACGUGGACUUCGCCAGCGCCAGCGGGGGCCAGCGCUUCCUGUACCAGCCCAACCCCCGCCUGGCGCCCCUCAGCCGCGAGGGCCCCGGCCACCCCUACCGCCUCAAGCCCGGCCACGUCCUGGACGUGGAGGGCGAGGGCCUCACGCUGGGCAGCAGCAAGGAGGAGGUGCGCGCGCACAUCGGCACGGGCGAGUGCCUGGUGAAGACGCUCACGCUCACGCACCUGUACUGCCAGCCGCCCCCGCGCGCGCCGCCGCCUGCGGGCCCCGACGCCUUGCCGCAGUUCGUGGUGCAGAUGGGCCACGUGCGGCUGGCCCUGGGCCCUGUGCAAUACGAGGCCGAGCCCACGGCCCCCGCCUUCCCCGUGGAGGCCCAGGCGGGCCUGGCCGGGGGCGCCGCCGUGCUGGUCGCCGCCGUGCUCCUGCUCACCCUGGUGUACAGGCAGAAGAGCGAGCAGGCCCUGCGGGACUACCAGAAGGUGCUGGUGCAGUUAGAGAGCCUGGAGACCGGCGUGGGCGACCAGUGCCGCAAGGAGUUCACAGACCUGAUGACCGAGAUGACCGACCUCAGCAGCGACUUAGAGGCCAGUGGGAUCCCCUUCCUGGACUACCGCACGUACGCCGAGCGUGCCUUUUUCCCGGGCCAUGGUGGCUGCCCGCUGCAGCCCGGGCAGGAGGGGCCUGGGGAAGAGGGCCGCCGCGCCACCGUGCGCCAGGGCCUCACGCAGCUCUCCAACCUGCUCAACAGCAAGCUCUUCCUCCUCACACUCAUCCACACCCUGGAGGAGCAGCCCAGCUUUUCCCAGAGGGACCGCUGCCAUGUGGCUUCACUGCUGUCCCUGGCGCUGCAUGGCAAGCUUGAGUACCUGACCGACAUCAUGAAGACCCUGCUUGGUGACCUGGCGGCCCAUUAUGUACACAAGAACCCCAAACUCAUGCUGCGCAGGACGGAGACCAUGGUGGAGAAGCUGCUCUCCAACUGGCUGUCCAUCUGUCUCUACGCCUUCCUGAGGGAGGUGGCUGGUGAGCCGCUGUACAUGCUCUUCCGGGCCAUCCAGUACCAGGUGGACAAGGGCCCUGUGGAUGCCGUGACAGGCAAGGCGAAACGGACCCUGAAUGACAGCCGCCUGCUGCGGGAGGAUGUGGAAUUCCGGCCCCUGACGCUGAUGGUGCUGGUGGGCCCCGGGGCUGGUGGGGCCGCAGGGGGAAGUGAGGCGCAGCGUGUGCCGGCCCGGGUGCUCGACACGGACACCAUCACCCAGGUCAAGGAGAAGGUGUUGGACCAAGUCUACAAGGGCACCCCCUUCUCCCAGAGGCCCUCAGUGCAUGCUCUAGACCUUGAGUGGCGCUCAGGUCUGGCUGGCCACCUAACCCUAUCGGAUGAGGACUUGACCUCGGUGACCCAGAACCACUGGAAGAGACUCAACACCCUGCAGCACUACAAGGUCCCAGAUGGAGCAACAGUGGGGCUCAUCCCUCAGCCGCACGACGGCAGCACCAUCUCCCAGAGCCAGGCCCACAGCCGCCCCUCGGGAGAGAACAUCCCCAUGCUGGAAGAUGGUGAGGAGGGCGGGGUACGCCUCUGGCACCUGGUGAAGGCCACCGAGGAGCCAGAAGGGGCCAAGGUGCGGUGCAGCAGCCUGCGGGAACGGGAGCGGGCACGGGCCAAGGCCAUUCCAGAAAUCUACCUCACCCGCCUGCUCUCCAUGAAGGGUACACUGCAGAAGUUUGUAGACGACACCUUCCAGGCCAUCCUCAGUGUGAACCGCCCCGUGCCCAUUGCCGUCAAGUACCUGUUUGACUUCCUGGAUGAGCUAGCAGAGAAGCAUGGCAUCGAGGACCCUGAGACCCUGCACAUCUGGAAGACUAACAGUCUGCUGCUGCGGUUCUGGGUGAACGCCUUGAAGAACCCACAGCUCAUCUUUGACGUGCGGGUGUCUGACAACGUGGAUGCCAUCCUCGCAGUCAUCGCCCAGACAUUCAUCGACUCCUGCACCGUCUCCGAGCAUAAAGUGGGCCGGGAUUCCCCAGUGAAUAAGCUGCUCUACGCCCGGGAGAUCCCUCGCUACAAGCAGAUGGUGGAAAAGUACUACGCGGACAUUCGCCAGAGCUCCCCGGCCAGCUACCAGGAGAUGAACUCGGCCCUGGCCGAGCUCUCUGGGAGUUACACCUCUGCUCCCCACUGUCUGGAGGCUCUGCAAGGCCUGUACAACCACAUCCACAGGUACUACGACCAGAUCAUCAGCGCCCUGGAGGAUGAGCCGCUGGGCCAGAAGGUGCAGCUGGCAUGCCGCCUGCAGCACAUUGCUGCCCUGGUAGAGAACAAAGUGACUGACCUGUGAGCUUAGAGAGCAGCCAACACGACCUGCUGCCAUAGGACUGAGCAAGUGACCAAGGAGGGGCCGGCAGAGCCUGGGGUGCUAUGCCCAGCAGCAGGCUCCUGCCCACCGCCUGCCCCACCAGCCCGCCUGCCUCCCCACCCGGGCUCGUGUCUAAUUUAUAAUGGCCCCUCCCUCUCCUCCUCCCCCCACUGUAUUUAUUUGCUUGCUGGAGAAUCACAUCUGGAAAUAAAACCGACAUACAUCUCUCUA